AUGGGUAACGCGGCAUUCCUCUACGGUGACCGAGGAGAUACGUUGCUGGCAAUUACCUGGACGUGGUUCUCAAUCGCAGCUGUUCUUUACGUCUUACGAGCAGCCAGUGCUGCACGACAGAAAGCGGACGGCAAUUUUUGCGGCAUAAGAUGGGACUUCGUGUGGGUCACGGUAGCUGUGGCGCUGGCAUUGACCGCACAAAUCAUCUACACCGUCUCCUACGAGUUUGCUGCACACGGAAACCAAGGCCUCAAGACAGUCGCCCAGGUCAUCUUCUAUGGCACGAUUGCUAGCUGUACGGCCAUGACGUCCUCGGUUUUUGGCCGCUUCGCCGUGGUAGCUUUGCUACUGCAGCUACAAGGCCCAACGUAUCCAAAAGGAAGAAUCGUACUUUGGUUCAUAGCCAUAUCUCAAUUCAUUGUGAAUGGCAUUCAAGUAGGCCUCACAGUCAACCAGUGUGAUCCGGCCAGCAGACUUUGGAACAUCAUGGAGCCUGGAACGUGCCAAUUGAUCCUUGUCACAAGGAAGAUGGGCUUCUUCACUGGCGCAUACGGCGCCUUUUGCGAUUUGUCGCUCGCAUUUUAUCCAGUGGUUUUGAUUAUUGGCCCACUGCAACAAAUCAAUCCAAAGUUGAAAGCGGCAAUCUGCAUCGUUAUGGCGGGCGGAGCAAUUGCAGGAAUCGCCGGCAUCGUGAAAACGGUACAGAUUGCGAAUUUGCUAUAUGUUCAAUACGAUUAUGCGACUAUCGUCAUCUGGAUACUCACCGAAACCUGGUUCAUCAUCAUCUUUGGAUCAAUCACAACGACCAGGCCGAUAUUCGUGGCAAUCGGACGACAUAUCAAGCUGUUUGGAAGUGGGUUCUGGACGUCGACCAAGAAGCUCAGCAACAAAGACAAGACCGACUCUGUCGAGAUGUCGCGACCAUGUGUGCAUGUGCAUACUGAAGACGAGUGCAAGAACCCCACUUCGAAGAUCAAGGAUGAACACGACCUGAGCGACGAUGAAAUGGCGCUCCAUGACAGUUAUCCCCGCCAUCCGUCAUACGAUCACAGUCCAGCCUGA